GGGGAUCAUUCUCGUCGACUCUGGCUGGAACGGUUAUGUUCUUGGCAGUCAUUUAGCAGCGAAGUGAUUCUAUUCGAUUCGAAUUCGAGUGCGUGUGGUAAUUGGUGCGGUCCCGAGUGCGAGGUUUUUUUCGGUGGUGGACUCCCUCAAGUACGGAGCAGUUUUGCAGCACCCAGGAGUAAACGAUUUUUGCCGUGAGGUAUCCGUAUCCGUCGGAAUUGAGGUUGAAAGUGUGCACCGCAGCCGCGAAAAUUACUACUUCGAUCGGGCUAAAAGGGAACAAGAAGCAGUGAGGGUAAAUUUGCUAGUAGCCCACCAGAUUCCUCGAUACCGCAGAGAUGCCUUCCAGCGAUCCUUUGCCUCCGAAGGAGAGCGCUCUGUUCCGGAAAAUACUGAAAUGUUACGAAAUGAAGCAAUACAAAAACGGGUUGAAGCUGGCCAAGCAAAUCCUGACCAACCCGAAGUUCACUGAGCACGGCGAAACGCUGGCCAUGAAGGGACUUACGCUCAACUGUCUCGGUCGCAAGGAGGAAGCCUACGACUACGUGCGUCGGGGUUUGCGUAACGAUCUCAAAUCGCACGUCUGCUGGCACGUGUACGGGCUGCUGCAACGUUCAGACAAGAAGUAUGAAGAAGCCAUCAAGUGCUACCGAAAUGCGCUCAAGUGGGAGAAGGACAACAUCCAAAUCCUGCGGGAUCUGUCGCUGCUGCAGAUCCAGAUGCGGGACCUCGAAGGGUACCGGGAUACACGGCACCACCUGUUCCGGUUACGUCCUUCCCAGCACGCGUCCUGGAUUGGCUUCGCCAUGAGCUACCAUCUGCUGGGGGACUACGAAACGGCUAUCGACAUUCUGGAAUCUUUCCGCUCAUCACAAACGGUGGAAACCUACGAUUACAAGCACAGCGAACUGUUGCUGUAUCAGAAUCUAGUUAUUCAAGAAUCGGGAAAUUACGAGAAAGCACUGGAGCACCUGAAGAAGUACCGAACGCAGAUUCUGGAUACGCUGGCGGUGAAGGAAACCAUGGGUGAACUGUGCCUUAAGCUUGACCGCCACGAAGAAGCUCUCGCGAUUUACACUGAUCUGAUGAAGCGUAACCCGGAAAAUAUUGCCUACUAUCAACAGUACAUAAGGGCGGUGAAAGUGACCGAAGCGAGUGAUGUUAUCGAGGUGUACCAGCGCCUUCAAGUGGAACAUCCGCAAUCGUUCUGUGCCAAACGGUUGCCACUGGAUGUUGCUCAAGGGGAAACCUUCCGAAAACUGGUCGAUGAACACUUACGACGAAAUCUACGGAAAGGAGUGCCGCCUCUUUUUGUCAAUUUACAAUCAUUGUACCGCGUCGAAGAAAAAGUACGUAUCAUAUCGGAACUGGUCGAAGGUUACCAUCAGAAUCUGACAAGCAGCGGUUACUUCGCGAUCGCCGAUAAGGAACAAAAUCUUCCCAAAGAGCCGGCUUCGGCUUUGCUUUGGACUCUCUACUAUCUAGCUCAGCAUUACGACCACCUGCGAGAGUCGGAGAAGGCUUUGGAUUUCAUCAACGCCGCCAUCGAGCACACGCCGACCUUAAUCGAACUGUACGUAACUAAGGGCCGCAUCUACAAACACGCUGGCGAUUGUUUGGAAGCGGUCAGUUGGAUGGAUGAAGCUCAAAGUUUGGACACUGCCGAUCGGUACAUCAAUUCUAAGUGCGCCAAGUACAUGCUACGUGCCAACCAGAUAAAGGAGUCGGAGGAAAUCUGCGCAAAAUUCACCCGAGAGGGAGUUUCGGCGAUGGAAAACCUCAAUGAAAUGCAGUGCAUGUGGUACCAGACGGAGUGUGCUCUCGCCUACCAACGUCUGGAAAAGUGGGGCGAAGCGUUGAAAAAGUGCCACGAAAUCGAGCGCCACUUUGCGGAAAUCAUCGAGGAUCAGUUCGAUUUCCACACCUACUGUAUGCGGAAGAUGACUUUGCGCUCCUACGUGGGUCUCCUUCGGCUGGAGGACGUGUUGCGGAGACAUCCGUUCUACUUUAAGGCGGCCAAAUGUGGGAUAGAGGUUUAUGUGCAUCUGUUUGACAAACCCUUAGCUGCAGAGUCAACCGGAGAGGAACUUGAUGUCGAAAAUCUCCCCCCAUCUGAACUGAAAAAGCUUCGCAACAAGCAACGCAAGGCAGCGAAGAAGAAAGCGGAACAGGAAAAUGCUCAAGCCGCCCAAGCCAACCAAAAGAAGGAACAACACAACAAACAGCGGAACGCUAACCAGGACGGGGAUCCGGAAGCACCCCAGCUGGACGAAUUGAUACCGGACAAGCUAGCGCGUCCGGAUGAUCCCCUCGAAAAGGCGAUCGAAUUUCUGAGACCGCUGCAGCAGCUGGCCAAGGAUAACAUCGAGACGCACCUGAUGGCGUUCGAAAUUUACUCACGUCGGGGCAAGCUGCUGCUGAUGUUACAAUCGCUGAAACGUGCCCGGGUCAUCGAUGCCUCCAAUGCCACUCUGCAUAGCUGCAUCAUACGAUUCUACCAGAUACUAGAGGCUCGCAUUGCUAACAACGAGAUCGACGAAAGCGUCAAACUAGUGAUCGACCGGGAGCGGGAAAAAAUGUUUGCCGGGGCCAAGUCUGCGUCUCAACUUAACGAUAACUUCCUGGCGGCACACCGAGGCAAUCUGGAGGUGCUGUACGAAACCACCCAAAUAAUGUACCAGCUGGACCAGAGCCGGCGGGAUGAAGCUGUCAAUCUGAUCACCUCGGUCGAUCUGACAAAGGCGACGCUCGAGAACACCUCCAAAUUGUUUCUGCUUUUGAAAUCCGGAUUCUUUGCUGGAAGAAGUGAAGAUCAGUUGGAUAAUUUCAAAAAAAUCUGUCAGAAGCGGUUCCCGCUAGCCAUCGUAUUUGCGGACAUCGCCAUCCCGGCGCCAGUGACCACUCUCACCACAACUCAGUCAUCGUCGGCCGCCUCUGUCGGAACAACGACUACGACGGUCACCGGAACGACCAUGUGCCCUGUCGAACAGCAGCAAUCCAAAACAGUAGGAACGGCCCAGUCUCAGACGAGCGACAUCAAGGCCAACUAACCACUACCUACCACAACAAUAAGCACUACUAUCAAUGAUGCACGACACCGUUCGUUUAGCAAGGACGAGGGUUCCGAUCGAAUCUACUGGUUUAUCACAUCCGUUUGAUUUUUUUUUAGCUGCAAGCCAAUCCCUCAUAAAAAUAGAAAAUCAGCUUAGGAAACAUUAGUUUACAAAAUUAUUUCCCAGUUCCCCUUUUCCCUUUCUUCAUGCGCCAUCUCACCCUCUACUACUGAAUUGUACUAUACACGAAUUACUAUACUAGGAACGCAUGUGCGUGUGAUUUUUGAAAACAACCACCAUUCUGUUUACAGACUCUGGUGGCAGACAGAAUCAACAAAUCCAAAAGCUCAUUGUGCGAUCGAAUGUCCCGAAGGCUACUCACUCGUCAACAUAGUUUUUUUAAGCUAUGAAUAGCUAUAUUGAACCAUCCUUUGUAUUAUAUGAGCGUAAUAAAGCGAAUCAUGCUUUACGGCGAAAACAACAUUUACCAUAUAAUCUGAACAUCCAAUUUUUAAAAACCAUCGGAAUAGAAAACAUUAGCUCGAAACAUACUCAUUGGUUACCAGUGAUUUGUACGGUUUAAUAUUAGAUACCACGAUUUCUAACCAUAAACGCAAAACUUAAGUUCACGACUUUUCUGCAGAGGAAGAAUUUACAAGAACAGUCUACAUUAAAUUGAGAUAGAAAAUAGCAGGAAAUCUGCAUGGGGUGGAAGGAAACAAUCAGCCCAAUAAUUGUGUGUCGUGGAAAAAGGUAGCACCUAAUUAGCUAUAAAAACACCUGAAAGUCGAGCAGCCAACACCCUUGAAAUGACGAUCAUACCUUUAACGAGUGUGGAAUAUAACAAAAACAAAUAACACAAAAAUCAAAUAAGAAAAAAUAGAAAGCAUCCUACAGUUGACUCUUAUUGAGGUAGAUGUCCGAAAUCCAUCAAAA